AUGAACGAUAUCAUCGAACACGAUGACCCCGCCAAGCUGUGGAAAAGCGCAACCGCCUUCGUGCGGAAGAAGGUGCCUUCCGGUCUGCGACCGCUAUGGCUCGGGCCAGCGAAGAACGAAGCAACCGCCCACAUUGUGCGCCCCCCCCGCCCCCUUCCUACGACAGUGACGGCCAAGCUUCGCAGAAAGUUCCGGGACCACCCGCCUUUCGUCUACACAUCCUUCAGUUGGGAGGAGGACGGCGAAUGGCGGUGCAUUGGUCGCACGGAGCUGUGCUCUGCCUACCUUCGCCUGUGCGACGACUAUACCGGGCUUCGUCUCUCGCUCUUGGGUCUGGAGCGUUUGUUCCGAGACAACGACAUGGUCACGGUGGAAAAAGAACUAGCACUGAAGGCGCGAUUCUGCAGGGAGAUCGACGUCCUCCGCGCACGAGGGAGCAGGCUACUACCCCGCCUCAAGUUCGCCGUGGGCAAUAUGGCAGAGUUUCUAAGGGUAUUGGACAGGUGUGAGGAUCGCAACAGGCACCCUCCCGUAGUUGCGGGCAACUGGGCGCGAUAUUCUGGUCCUAUCACGACGGAGAGCGUAAGGCUACCAGAGAUGGAGAGGCUCAGGAAGCUAUUCCGGAACGGCAAUAUGGAGGACUACGCCUUCCGCGCAGCAAAGAUCGUGAACAACUCUCAAACGCCGGAGAGUUUGCGAAUGCUGAGGAGGGAGAUUGAGGCGAUAGCAGUGAAAAUGCUCCUGUUCAAGGAAUGCGAGGACGCCGAAAAUAUGGUCUACAAGUACAUACCCAAAAGCGAAGAUUCGCCACGACCGAACCCUGGCAUCAAGAUGGAAGUCACUUCCGCCAUCGACCGUGAUUCCGCCGAGAUCAUAGGAUCCAAGGACUCGGAAGCUGGAAUGCAGACCAAGGUUUCCGGGUCAUCGGCCCCUCCAGCCUAUCAUCCAUGA